CAAUAAUAUUACAAAAAUAUUAUCAAUGAAAGUUGGUAUCAUUGGUUCUGGUAUUAUUGGUCUAUCAACAGCAUUCUUAAUUAAAGAAAAUUAUUCCAAUGUAGAAAUUCUUAUACAAUCUGAUAAGAAAAAUGUUAUGGUUACUAGUUAUGGUGCAGCUGGUAUAUUUAGACCAGAUCCUAAAUUAUUACCAGGAUCAGAAUAUGAUCAGGAUCAAUUCAAUGAUUUUAUUCGUUGGUGUAAUGCUGGACGUGAACAAUAUUGGAAAUUAGCAACUAGUUGGAAUUCAUCGAAUACUGGUGUAUACUUUCAUCCAACUUAUCAAUUAUCAGAAUAUAAUGAAUUUGAUAGACCAUUUAUAAGUAAAUUAUGUGGAAAAACUGUAUUUUUAGAUGAAGAAGAGAUUCAGUCUAUUGGAUUUGCUAAGCAUAUUAAAUCAGCUUAUUAUUAUACAACAUGUAUUGUAGAACCACGUUAUUAUAUGAAUUACUUAUUGAAUGAACUUAAAAAUUUAAUUCCAAAUGAUCAAUCUAUUUAUAGUGAAAGAGAGCAAGCGUUUACUUCUUCAAAUGAAUUAUAUUAUUGGGCUAAAGAACAAAAAAUCAAUAUAAUUAUUAAUUGUACUGGAUUAGGAUCAGGUUAUUUAUUUCAUGAUCCAGAAAUAAGACCAGUUAAAGGUCAAUUAGUACGUGUUCUAGCACCAUGGAUGAAAUUUGGAUUCUAUUUCGGGCGCGAUGAUACAUAUUGUUAUACAGGAAAAGAGAGUGUAAUUCUUGGAGGAUUUCGUGAACAUUUACCUCCAGUUUUAAAAAGACCUACAACAGAUGAUGAUAUAAGAGUAUCACCUGAAUCUACAAAAGAUAUUCUUCAAAGAAUUGACAACACUUGGCAUGGAGGACUAGGCAAAUCACCAAUAGUUGAAGAAUGGACAGGAUUACGACCAUUCAGACCAUCUAUAAGAUUAGAAAUUGAAUGGUAUCAACCUGAAAUUACCUGUGAACCUUUACCAAUUAUACAUAAUUAUGGACAUGGUUCAAUGGGUGUUGCAUUAAGUUGGGGUACUGCAAUAGAUACUCUGAAACUUUUGAAGAUGUAA